UUUGUUUUGUUUUUUUGUGAUGUUUUUUCAAAGUUAUUAUAUUAGAUAUGUAAGUGUGCUCACCGUGCGGUUCUGGGCGAAACAUUGUUAGUGUUGUUGUCAUUGUAACAGCGUCUGUAUUUGCCUUUUCAGUCUUAAGUGGCGCUUAUGGCGAGUAAAUCCUGGUUAUCUCACCAUGCUGCUCUGAUGCUGCUCUUAAUUAACUGGAGGGAGGGGAUGCAUUGUAUUGAACUUUCAGUUGAUCCUCCUGUGGACCUUGCAGUAUUAGAUCCUGGUCAUCUUGGAUAUUUAGAGGUUACAUGGAGCCCCCCAGCCAGCUUGAUCAACAGGGCAGACUGCCCAAAACUGUAUCAGCUGGAGUACUUCAACACAUAUGAAAACAGCUGGACUGUCAUCAGGACAGUUAGGAGGACAUACAUGGCCCAGUUUGAUCUUAUGAAAGAUGUUAGAGUGAGAGUAUACACCUUACUGAGUGGACCCUGCACCAAUGGCACUUUGGUCAAGAGCACAAGCUACACUGAACUGGUGCAGAAAUCUCCCAGCACAGGCCUUGUGGAUACCACAGUCAAAGAUUUUGUCUGCGUGUUCCAUAACAUGGAGUAUGUGAAGUGCAACUGGGGGAGAAGCCCAAAAAUGCCGGCCAACUCACAGCAAACUCUAUAUUUCUGGCACAAGGAGCUGGGACAAACACAGGAAUGUCCAAAAUAUACCAUUUCAAACGGAGUCAGAAGUGGCUGCAACUUCACAUUUCUCCCUGAUUUUACUGAUAUCAUCUUCUGUGUAAAUGGCUCCUCUCCUGAAGGGCCCCUGAAACCAACAUACAUCUCCCUGCAAAUCCAAAACCAGGUGAUGCCUGCAACCACACACAAGCUGCAUCUGCAAACAGGUCCUGAUGCACAGCUGGAGCUACACUGGGAGCGUCCUGCAGGGAGGGUUCCUGGGAACUGCUUAGAAUGGGAGGUGGAACACAAUCAAGAGCAACGUGAUGGAAAACAAUCAACGCAGAUUUUAACCAAACAGAUGAUCCUGACUCUGCCCUCUGCCCAUGACAGUCAGAGAAACUGCUUCAGGGUUCGUUCCAGGUUGCAUAAGUAUUGUGUACAGAGAAGCUUUUGGAGCAACUGGAGUCAUGAGCUCUGCUAUCCAGAGGAGAAACAAACUCCUGCUGAACCCAGAUGGGACAUGGUUCUCCUGUAUGUAUAUACUGCUGUUGCCAUCAUUGCUAUACUGGUUCUGUCACUGUGUGUGUGGGCAGCACUCAACGUGAGAUCAAGGCGAGUGAAGAAGCGAGACUCUCUCACUACCAUUUUUGCCAAAAGUUCAGCUCUUUCAGUGGCAGAUACCUAAAAAGACAACAGA